GACAGACAGACAGACAGAGAGAGAGGUCAAACGGCGCAGUUUAAUCAGAUUAGGACGGAUUCUGCUGAUGAAUUAAAAUCCUGAAAGUAGUUACUAGGAGCUCAAAGAGCCUGGCAAGAAAGUUGGCUGAACAGGAAGUUGCCGCUGCUGCUACAGAGAAACCAGGACAAACUCACAAAGAGGAGCCAGCGAUGCCAGCAAUCAAUAUAGAGGAUCUGAGCGAGAAGGAUAAACUGAAAAUGGAAGUGGAACAGCUCCGGAAAGAAGUCAAGCUGGAACGGCAGCCGGUUUCCAAAUGUUCUGAAGAAAUUAAAAAUUACAUUGAAGAAAGAUCUGGAGAAGACCCUCUGGUUAAAGGCAUUCCUGAAGACAGGAACCCUUUCAAAGAAAAAGGAGGAUGUGUUAUUGCUUAGAAGAACAUGGUUAAGCAAUAUUGAAAGUGGAAUAAAAAGCAUUCUAGCAUAACUAGCUAGAUUUAAGUUCCAGGAGUCCUUAUUGAACAAAUAGACAGUGAUAAUAUUUUUUUUUAAAGAAAACAGAAAAUGCCUGCUUAUAAUUUUAUUCCAUGAAGCAGAUUCUUGCUUACUGUAUCCCUAAAUAAUUUUCUAGAGGCUACUUCCUGUUCUUUUAAUUUCCUGAACAUGCCGAUUUGAGUAAUAAAAGAAAUCUAUUUGAACAAUCAA